GUUCCAGUCUACCUGUUCUAUAGAUAUUACGUAUUUUCCGUUUGAUGUCCAAGAAUGCAAGUUGAAGUUUGUUGCCUGGAGCUAUUCAAAAGACGAGGUCACUAUGCAUAGUGGAGCAAAGGGUAUAGAAAUGGAGGAGUUUGAAACCAACUCUGAAUGGGAUGUCAUUGAUACAAACUACACUGUCGACUGGGAAUCUGGCGAAGCAUCUGUAAUAUUCAGUGUCAAAAUUAAAAGGAAGCCACUGUAUGUCCUUCUUUCAGUGAUCAUGCCAAUAAUCAUGUUGUCAGCACUGAACAUUUUUGUUUUUGUUCUUCCUUGCGACAGUGGAGAGAAAGCGAGCUAUUCCAUUACGGUAUUUUUGGCUUUCGCUGUGUUUCUGUCGAUAAUUUCAGCAACAUUCCCCGAGAAUUCGGAAGUGAUAGCUUUAUUCUCUAUCUAUCUUAUCGUGCAGACAUUACAGAGCACAGUAAUUACACUGAUUGCACUUGUACUUGCUCGAUGUGCCUCAUUUGAUGCCGAUAAAACGCCAGUGCCACUCUGGUUACAGUGCCUACUCACAGUGCUGAGCUGUCAGUGCUGCUGCAGAAGACGUAUAAGAAAGAAUCAAGUGGCAGAUAUGGAAUCUGAUUCCAAAGGAAUUAGUAAAAUAAAAGAAAUUGCAAAAACAAGAUCCGCAUUUUCUAAAGCAAAAGACGAUGAAGUUUCAAAUGAGAAUGAGUCUGCUAUAUCACCAUACAACACAUGGAAAACCGUUGUCAACAAGCUUGACAUAGUAUUCUUUGUGUUCUUCACUCUCGUACUGGUUGUCUCAACAAUUGCUUUUUUCACCGCCACUGCAACAAGGAGUCCAUAAACUAUGGUCUUUAAACUGAUACAACGAACUAAGAAAAUUACAGAUCCAUUUUAGUCCCGACUGUAAUUUUAUGAAUAUUUUGAAUCGCAAGAUGCAUUCGAGAACUAGCAAGUUUCGUUACACAUUUUCU